AUGAACAACGAGUUCUGGAAUGACCAGCCGGCCGACGACGACAUGGCUUUUUUGACGUUUCCAGAUCAGCCACAGCCGUCUCGACCCGUCCAACAGCAAACUCCCAUGGUCCCGACUCCACAAGGCCCGCCAACACAGGAUUCGUUCUUUUUCAAUGACGACGGCGGAGGGUCAGGUUCCGCUCCUUCGUUCUCCCCACAGAUGUUGGAGAACAACCCGCCGGUCCAAUUGGAUCAGCCGAAGAUGACACAGCCGUCUAUUCCUGCACAGAGUCCGUUUGUGGCCUCCGCACCUACACCGACUCCUCCACCACAACAAUUCCAACAACCACGCCAGGUUAACCCGCAAAAUAACAGUCCAAACGCGCAAAAUCCACAACAGCGUCAACUUCAGAUCCAGUUCCAGCAGCAACAGAACUUCCUUCGUUUACUAGAGGAGUUCAUGGCUCGCAACAACACCCCCCUUGCAGAUAAAUAUCCAGUCAUCGGAGGCAAGAAGAUGAACCUUUUCCUAAUAUACGCGGUUAUGAUGAAGUUUGGAGGAUUCAACAACGUUCUCAGAACCAAGAAGAUCAUCCCUGUGGCUGCAAAAUUUGGAGUUCCUCCGGACAACAACCAGUUGUUACGCGAGUUUGUUCAAAUGUAUCAUAGAUGUUUACUUCCGUUCGAGAUGUUUGCCAACACGCAGGAUGGAAUGAAAGAGCUGGCCGCUAGAAAACAACAGCUCGAGCAGCAGUUCCAAAAACAGGCCAAGCCACAGGUUCCUUCAGGCCAGUCGUACCAGACUCCUCCAACCUUUAACAAUUCUACACCAGCAUCGCAACCAACUCCACAGAUGAUCGAGCCGCAGUCUCGCAAGAUUAGCGAGUCGUCAUCGCUGCCACAGCCUACUCCUCCGUCUGUGCACGAGGCGCACCAGGCCACCCCGCCCGCUCCUCGUCCAGAGACUUCCACCACACCGGACUUUCUUAGAAACUACGUUCCACACCAAAGACCGAUUGGGAAGGUUGGUGGCUACGAUCUGAAGGCAUUUUCCGCCUUCGGUGAGCAGAUUGACAACCUGAAGCCUGUUUUCCUUUUUGUUCCAGAACUUGGAAGAAUAGACCUUAACGCAUUAACGUUGUCCUUGACUUCUCACAUCGACGCCGAAGUUAAUGUUGCUUUAAACGUUUUACUUAUUGUCACCUCCGAUCCAAACUUGGUGAUCCCUCUGUCAGAAUGUAUGGGACUCCUGGAUGCUCUCAGCAUACUAGGAAGCGAUAUUGCUAAUGCUCUUGUGUCUGGGGACCUAAAGAGCCCAUCUGCAACUGGAAAAUACGAGGACGCCCAGCCAACAUACGAUAAGCCAAACAAAAUAGACGAAGUGUUUGCCAAGUACAAAAGCAAGUUCGAUAAGGGUAAAGAUAUUCAGGUAGUUGUCGACUCCUUCACCUCUCAGCAAAUACACGAGGAUGAGGAACCUCUUGUAUCUGAGCAUCAACAAGAUUUGGACACGGAGAUGAACAGUGUUUUCAAUUCCGAGAGCAAAGAUCAGACACCAGCUCCAACACAGAAGUUUGAGCUGCCAACGUAUAUCGAGUUGUUGGAAUCCAGCAAGUUCGAAGCUGAAGACCUUUCGUUCAAACUGCACAGAAAAACGUUCCUCGACCGCAGAGUCAUGCUGGUGGAGCAAUUGAGCACAAUCUCCUUGGUUUUGAGAAAUCUGUCGUUUGUUGGAAGCAACCAGGGCGCCUCAAAUAACAACCUCAUGGCUUCUCAUCCACGUUUACUAGAUUACAUCUAUGGACUUAUUUAUUCCCUUGGAAUGUCUUCUGACGGCUUUGUUUUCGCUCGGAAGAGGGUGAAUCUCAUGAAGGAUAUUUUGAUGAUCCUGUCCAACAUUGCUCAUAUUGUUGAGUUGCGCUCUGAAAGAGAAGCGUACUUGAUUUUAGCAUUGUGUUUAUCUUUUGGUGUCCAAUUGGAGGAGGAAGAAAAGGCUGCGGGCCUAUUCGUGCCUAAAUACGAUCCUGCUAAGGGCAAGUUUCAAUCGCACGCGGUGGAUGUGAUUGCCAAGAUUCUGUGUGGAUCUGUGCAAAACCGGAAAAACAUGGGACUUGUGCUUUCGGGCAGUUUCUCGUUGAACCCGAACGAGAAACCAUCGAAAGACGGAGAGCUGGUGGUGAAAACUGUUGGGUUUUUGAUUUCCUCUGUUCCGCUUCACUUGUUGCACGAAGGAAUUGAACCGUUUAACGAUAAGCUGCCAACGUGUUUGCAACUUCUUCUUAGCUCGGUGCUUGUUUGCGAAACCAUAGAGCAAUCUUCAUUUGACACCAAUAUUGCCUUGAGACUCCUGAUUUCUCCUGAACUUAUCGGGUGCAACCUGUUCAAGCUGGCAUUCAUCUUUGCUGCUAUUUUCGCCAAGACCAACUACGAAAACAAGGUGAUGUACAUCCACAUUUCUGGCAAAUGUAUGGAACUGGUCAACAUCCUACUCAAGAGUGCAAUCAACUACGCGAUUGCUAACAACAACAAGGAUGAGUUGAACGCACUAAACUCUGUUUCCAAGCUGUUCCCAGCAGACGAGUCGAUCCUGGGAGCUUUGAUGACGCCGUCGUUACCUCCAGAGAUUUCUGUGCAGGCUGUCGAGUGUGUCAAGCUGAUGGUGAAGCUACAAGAAGCAAGCGCAAAUUAG